AACACCCAAAUGAGGAGACUGGGACUAGUCACUUGAAGCUCUCAAAAACAUCUGGUAGAUUUUUGCGACUUUAAAAAAAACAAUUUCUUUACCAAAGACAAUAGAACCAACCCUAUUCGUUUUUCUAUGCAUUAUUUUUUAAUGAAGUGAAUGAAGUGUUUGAUUACUUGGAGUGCAAAGGCAGCUUGAAAGGGCAAACCCCAAAACCCGUACAUUUCCCGUAGACCCGCGGGAUCUGAACCUGACGAACUUCAUCCAGCGGUUAUCGCCCAUCAUAACAGUUCAAACCAAGAUGGCGGAGCUACACUCAUUAGAUUUAGAAGAGAAUCUCGCAAUGGGAAGGUCCAGUAGGGCUGACACAAAGUUUGAUACCACUGUUGGUCAUUUAGAAGACAUUAUCAUGGAAGAUGAGUUUCAGACCAUGCUGAAUAGCUUUAUGGAGAAGCAUGUUCAUCACUUUGAAGAUACAGAAGAAAACAAGCUUAUUUAUACAGAAAUAUUCAAGGAAUAUGAAAAAACUGUUGAAAAAUAUAUUGAAGAUGAACUUAAGAAGAGAAUGCCUUCCUUUUCAAUGGAGGAUUUUAUGAAGUUAAUACAGCACCGAUCAGAUCAGAUUGGACCAGAUAUCGUAGAAAUGCUUUUGAGCUUUACAGACUUUUUGGCUUUCAAGCAAAUGUUUUUAGACUAUAAAGCAAGUAAAGAAGGAACAGCAUUAGAUUUUAGUGACCUGAUGACAGUGGUGUCGUUGUCAGUUCAAAGACAUGACACUGAUGAUGUCCAAGACAUGCAGGUUGAUCCUGAUUCUCCAAGGGAUGCUCCAAAAAAAGGCAAUCCUGGUCAAUACAGUUAAUACAAGUUCUCACACCUUGGUUAUAUUAGGCAAAGAAUGGCUCAAUGAAAAUGUUUUGCAGAUCAGAAUUUGGAAUGCUAAGUGCUAAUAAAAAAAUGUGAAUUUCCCGAACAAGAGAAGACUGAUGGAAUUUACUGUAGUUUGAAUCAUAUGGUGAAUGCAAAUGGAGUUGAAGCACAAUCCUUACAAGAUGCACCUGUAAAAGAAAAAUGGAUAAUUCACUGUGAUUUGAUAAGAGACAAAUAAAGACCGAAUGGAUUGUUAUUUGCCUGGAAACAACAACUUCUGCAUUACCACAGGCAUGUGAUAAAACUGCACAUCAGUUACAAGAUGCAUCAAGCAUUUUUAUGAUGCAGAGAUGAAUGGUAUUGAUGGUAUCUGGCCCCAUUAUAGAGAGUCAAAACAAUUAAUGCAGGUCUUAAAUAACGAAAAAGUUCUGGAUGUCACAAGAAGUUUUUACUUUUUUGAGAUAUAGAAGCAAAAUUCAAACAGUUUGGAUGUUACGAUAGUAUGUUUGCCUAAUGUGACCUAUUUUGUCAUAAAUUGCACAUAGUUGAACUGUACAUAUUAUUAUUACUACCAGCUGUUCCACAUAAAAGGAAAUAAUCAACCACCUUUUAAUUUACUAAUUUUGUUGCCAUUUUUUUCAUCCCUAAUGUAUUCAAAGACAAAAGUGUGAUGUUCAGAGAAGAAUACUCAUAGGUCAAAAAUGCAUUCUGACCUUCAAUACAAUGCCAGGAGCACAGUCUUAUUUAAAGCUUUAUUAGUCAAGUCUUUAAACUUAGCAUAUAUAUAUAUACCUAGCCCCAAGUGAUUAAUACUGAUCCAGGUUUGAUUACAAACGAGAAAAUGUCAAUUAAUCUAAAUGUGUAAUCUAUUCAUGACACUUCUUUAAAAAUCAAGCCUAGAUGUUUGGCAUAAAAGAUAAAGACUAGUAUAGUGCAGAUCCCAAAAUGUGCAACCAGUUUAAUGUUUUUCAAUGCUUUUAUUUGACCCUUUGUGAAUGGCUGUGUUGUGAAUAGCGCUACAUGUUUUAAUAAAAAAUAAAGAAAAAUAUCAUAAGCAAAUAAUAAUUUCCCUAUUAUGCACUAUUGCACUAUACUAACUUGUAAACAUAAGUGGCAAGCCUUAAGUGUAUGCUUCCCUUUUGGAUUAGCCGGCAUUCAUUCAAAAGUUGUUGGUUAGGUUGGCUUGCAAACCAAACCAACCGGUUUGUGUUAGGAGGCACACAGGCUAAUCAAAAAGGGAAGCAAACAUUAGGAUGCAAACAGUAUAGUUUUAAGUAGUUUUUUUGCUUUAAUAUCAUUACUUCUUUGUGGAGAAUGUACAGACAACAGCAGUGUAAGAGUAGUUUAUCAAAAAGAAGAAACAUUUGUUAAUAUAUUGGAGAUUCAAUAGACUCGUUCAAUGUGAGUGUGAUAUUUUCCCAUUUUAGACUAUGUAUUAUUCUCUUGAGUAUUGUAUUCCAGAUGUCAUUACCUGUUACAAUGUGACUCGAGCAAAAAAUAUUAUUCCCAGCAGAAUAAUGUUGUCUGAAAUGGGAUAAUAUAUUUACAGUGAAUCUCUAUUAAGUCUUAUGUUUGAUAGUAAUAUAUUGAUGAUUUUUAAUAAUAUAUUAUUGAUUGGUUGUACACAUUUGAGUGAGUAGAAUUACAAUUAGUUUGAUUUUCAA